GAGUACUUAAAUGUUUCUGUUCACAAUCUAUCGGUCUACUCUUAUUUUCACACAAUCUUCCCUCGCAAGCUUCAUCACUCUUUCUCUUUCGUCCUCCCUCUUCAUUCCCAGAUUUUCUCCUUCCUCCUCCCCUGGAUUUCAACCAUGAGAAGAAGCACUAGAAGGUCUACAAUGGCGGUAUCUAUUCACAACUCUCUUGAAUUUGACUCCCUCAAUAAAAUUACCACCAGAAGAUCUUCUUCUAUUCUUCCUCAAUUCGAAGAAACGCGAAAUGCGGCUGGAAACUUUACUACCAAGUUUUCGAUGUCAUCAUUUGUUAAGAAAGUGGAAGAGUUAACUCAUGAUCAGAGAACUGCUUUAGAAAAAGUAGGAUUUGGAUAUUUGAUUCGUAUUCAUCACCAUACCCUCCGGAAAAACCUUUUGGUUGAAUGGAUGGAGCGGUGGGAUAGUGAUAGAAGGGUCUUUGUGCUUAAUGAAAGGGAGCUUACCAUCACUUCUGUUGAGGCUGCCCUAAUCUUAGGGUUGCGUGCUGCAGGUAAACCCGUGAUUCUGCACGAAGAUGAACAGUUAUCGAAGUUGGAAGAAGAGUAUGGAGCCACACAAAGUAACAGAAAGAUCAGUAUAUCUGCAAUCGAGGGAAGAUUGCAGUCUCUUGGUGAUCUUCAUAAUGAGGAUUUUGUGAGGACUUUCUUGUUGUUCAUCUUUGGGACAAUUCUUUUCCCAAGUUCAAGUGCAAAGGUAGACUCACGCUAUCUUUCCCUUCUGAAAGAUCUUGAUAGAGUGUGUGAGUAUGCUUGGGGAGUUGCAGUAGUGGAGGACCUUUUUAAUUGGCUAUCUAAAAGAAAAGAAGAGCAGACCAAAAGCAUUGAAGGUUGCUUGAUUCUUCUCCAAAUAUGGUCCUACGAGCAUAUAGACAUUGGGCGCCCAAUUUCCCUUAGUUAUUCUUCAAAUUUUCCGCGAGCUUGCCGUUGGGAAAGUAGUAGGUGUAAUAGUCAAAGGCACUGGUUCACAACUAAGUUUAAUGAGCUUGAAGAGAAUCAAGUAACCUGGAAGCUGCAGCCAAUAGCAGCUGAGUUGAAUAUUGAUAUCAUACGAGAGCUAUUGGUCGAAGAGGCGGAAGGAGAAGUGAAACUUUCAAUGAGAACAAAUACCACAACAUCAUCCAUUACACCAAAGGAUUUCAAAGAUGGUAUAUUGGAUGAGGAAACAAAUGGAGGUGUGGGCAUAUGCCAGCAUAAUCCGCAGGAUGAUUUUCGUGAGGAUUCAAGGCAAUCCUCUGAAGUGUCAACCCUUGUAGAAGAAACCGAGGCACAAGAGAUUGUAUCAACUAGGAGAAGCUCCAAAAUAAGUUCCAAAACAGUGGGGCUCCCACCAAAGAGUAUUAGCCGGCAUACAAUAUUGGACAAGGAGUCGCAUGGAGGUAUGGGAAGAGGCCAGGGUGAUAUUCAAGCUGACAUCCCGGAGGAUUCUAGGCAAUCAACAGAUUUGUCAGUGAUAACUGAAGAUUAUACGGAAUGUUCCUCCUAUGUUUUGCAAGAGGACCAGAUUGAAGAGAACUCUCACUGUGUCAAGGGAGAAGAUGUUUUAGAAUUUGAGAAGUCAAAGCCAAAUCAUUUGGUUGAGCUUCAAAAUGAAAAUGCUGAAUUGAAAAGUCAAGUGGCGGACUUGAAAAAGGAAGUGGCCAACUUGAAAGAUCUAGAAGACAACCUAAGAAAGGAAGUGGCUGAACUGAAAGAAGACAACCUACGCUUAAGGGCUCCUCCACCUGCGGACAAUAUAGAGCGGCUUAUUGAUGCAUACUUCAAUGGAGUUACGGAUGCUUCAGAAGUGGUUUUGCUUUGAUGAAAUCAAUUAUCUUCCUGUAGGAGCUGCUUUGGCCGAUGUUUAUCGUUUAAUUAGUGUAGAAGUAUUCAAUUUUCGAUUGCAGCACCUGGGAUCAGUGUAGAAUGGAUUGCACUUGGCCGGUAUGAUAAAGUUAUCUAGUGCCGUUCUGUAAGUAAUAGUUUUGAAAGUUUAUUAUAAUAUUAGAGUAAAAUAUUAUGAGAUUUUUCAGCAAUCACCUUAUUCUCACAUUCUCUUAUGUAACAUAUAACUUCAGACAUGAAUGUGAGGCGACCAGUUGUUGUUUCUCCAAUAGCUGCACGCCUGUAAUAAUAGUAGUAAUGUAUAUGUUUAGUGAAAAUUUUUAGCGUCCAUUUAUGUAUUGUCUUUGUUUCACAAUUUAGCGUCUUCAUGCACAAUCUGUGGUGUUUGGCAGUUUUUUUUAGGCCAUAUUGUACACUUGUUUUUUAAAUUCUCGUUGCCCUCUAUUUUGUUACUAGUGGAGUGUUGCUUGGGAUUCUUGUUACUUGAUAGUACAAUUGAUUUUACAUUUUUUGGCGAAUGCUUACAGUAAUGUAGUGAUAGUGAAGCAAGCAUUCUUGUAUUUCUCCAGAAUAUUUUUUACUCUAAGGUGCAUAAACUGUUUGGAAUGACCUUACAAAUUGGAAACUGUAGACAGUAGAACCUAAGCUAUUGGAGGUGUUCUGCUGUUCUCAUCUGAUUUAUACCAAAAUGUUCUGAAUGGAGAAUAAUAGACAAUCUGUGAUGUCGAUAUGCUAUCAAUAGUAUUAUCAGAAAAUCUCUGAUUUUAUCGAUUUUAUUUAUAUGAAGCUUAAUUGCUCUCAAGCUAGUCAUUAACAUCUCAUAAAAUGAUGAAGAAAUAAAUUAAUUAGGACUAUCGGGGCUUGAUGUCAGUGAGACCAUCUUUACACUUUUGCUUACUAUGAAGUAUGAAUGUCUGUUUGCCUCCAUUUUGCUAGUUGUGGAGUAUGCUGGGGAUGCUUGUUUCUUGAUAAUCUGAUCGAGUGAUAGUACUUUUUUUGUGUUAAAGCUUACACUGAUUGCUACCAGUUAAAA